AUGUCUUCCUACCCGUCGAACGCAAACAACUCGACCACCACGGUCUCAUCUACCCAGACCGUCGUCCCCACAAAGGACUAUGCUUCUGCCUUCGCAAAUUUACAGUCUAAAUAUGGUUUUGGCGGGAAUACGCCUUCCCCCAAUCCCAAGCCUACAAGUCUGGAAGCCAGCAAAGAGGCAGCAUUGAGCAAAGAGGACAAAGCUCUCGCUGACUUGGCGGGGAAAUAUGGAUUCGGAGGAAAAUGGGCGGCUCUGGGAGAAUUGCAACACGAGAAUGGCAGUGACUGGAAUGAUAGCUAA